UCUUAAUGCAAAUGUCAUAUGUCGCUGAAUUGUCAGCAUCAUGCUCUGGGGAAGCCUGGAACUCCGUACAUGUUGAGUACGAUGUGCUUCGAAUAAUGCGAGAGGCGACUCUCUACAAGCUUCCUGCAAAGACCUAAAAAAUGGCUUCAAGAAGACAAGUUCCCUAAAAUGAGUAUAGGUAGCUAGAAGCUGUCUUUCGUCCGGUCGGGUGUAUUUUACGGAGAAUGACUCUCACUAAUGAAGAAGCAUACCUUGAGGAGCUGUGGCGCGAGGAGGAAGAUGAUGACUUGGAGCCUCCCGCGCUCCAACAAGCCCUCAUGCAGCAGGAAAAGUCCCUGCCCAGCUACCAGGAGCUCAUGGGCCAGGGCGCGGCCAUCAUUUCCCUUCGCCGCAGCAGCCCAUCUGCCGUACGUCCCAGCAGCGAACCGCAUGUCGGCAGGGGAACCCAGUACGGCGACACCAACGGCCUGAGCCCUGGCGCCAGCCCCGGCCUCAGCCCAAUCCGCGGGGCCUUCAUCGGCAGCAGCGGGGCGGACAGUGACAACGAUGCAGCGCUGCGACCUCCCGCAACGCUGGGUCUGGGCCCCAGCGUGGGUGCGGAUCCCGAGCAGUUGAAACGGCGGUUGCAAUCUGUCGUACAAGCUGUCAAUGCGCACCAGCAGCGCUAUGAGGCCGUGCUGUUGGAGGCGAACAAGGCGACGGAGCUGGUGCGCAGCAUGGAGGCGGAGAUCAGCUCCCUCCAGGCCGAGGCCGAGGAGCUCUCCCGCCGCCUGCCGCCCGCACCCGAGCGCCAGCGGCAGCUGCGCACCUGGCUGGGCCAGCGCGGUGCGGCUCUGGAGGCGCAGCGGGCGGUGCGGGACGCGCGGCAGCUGGAGCUCAUUGCUGCUGAGGCGGCGCUGCGGGCUGCGGAGCGGGAGCUGGAUUUCAUGGCGGAGGCGCGCGAGGAGGUGGCGGCGGCGCAGGCGGCCGAAUCGGCAGCGCAGGGUGCAACGGUGGCGGCGCUGCGGGCGCGGGAGGACCGAGCGGUGGCGGGCUACACGCGGCGGCAGGCGGAGCAGGCGGGCAGGCUGGCGGCGGCGAGGCAGGAGGCGGAGGAGACGGGGCGGAGGCGCGUGCAAGCCGCGGAGGAGGCGCAUGCCAAGGUGCUGGCACGCGUCAAAUCCAACCAGGAACGCAUCAGGGAUGGGGUCUCCGCGGGCCGUCAGGCGCAGGCGGCAGCGCAGGCGGCGCGGCGGGAUGCCGUACUGGGGCUCAAGUCCAGCAUGGCUGCCGUACGCGCUGAGGUGGCGCGGGAGGCUGAGCUGGCUGCUGUGCUGCAGCGGCAGCGGCGGGAGCUGCAGGAGCGGGAGUUCGGGGCGUUGGUGGAGGCGGGGAUGAACCCGUACGAGGUGUUCAGGAGGAGGGACAUGGAGGCAGAGUCCCGGCGGCAGCACGAGCAGAUCCAGAGCAACAUCUCCUCCCGCCAGCUGGAGCUCGCAUCGCAGCUGGCGCGAGAGCAGGAGGCGUACAACCGGGCGCUAGCAGCCAAGAGGAGGGACAAGGCGGAGAGGGCUGCCUUCGAUCGGGAGAUGGGUGUGGCAGCUCGGCAGGCUCGCACGGACGACUACAUGAUGAGCCACACGCUGACCGGAACAUCCAUGCUGGACCCCACGGGUCGCAUCCCCUUCAAUCCCUCGGAGGCGGUGGUCGUCAAGACGGCGCGCUUCGGCCGCGGCGGCGCGCCUCCCGAGGUGCUGCAGCAGCAGCUGGCGCGGCUGGGUCCCGAGGCGCCCAAGGCGCUGCUGCUGCCCGCCAAGUACCGCAACCCACCCGACGCAGCGGAGGCGGUGGCGGGACUGGGGACGGCGCGGGCAGCCACCAGCGAUGAUGAGGGUGAUGGCAUGGGCUCACCGCCCCGCUCCCCCUCCAUCAACCGAGUCGGCCUAACCGCCGGCGCAGGAGGACCCGGCGGCGGCGGCGGCGCCUCCGCCUCCCCCGCCGGCGCCCUCUCCCACUUCCAGCAGCACCCCAACCCGGGCCUCCACGAGCACGGCAGCUUCCCACAUGGCCACUCCGCACACCCCCAUGCGCACCCCCACCACCACCACCACGGCCAGCACGGACACCACGACCCCUACCAGCAGCCGCAGCUGCCGUACGCGGCUUUCCAGCAGCAGCAGCAGCCGGGUGACCGUUACAAGCAGUUGGCCACGAGGCCGCUGUCCAAGCUGGAGCAGGGGAUGAUGGAGGCGGCCAAGACGAAACACAGGCAGGCGAUUGGGAUGGCGCAGACCCAGAUGGGGCGCACCUUUGGCGGCGACGCCUUCCUGCCCUCCCCCGCCGUGGUGGAGUUCAAGGACUUUGACCUGGGGCGCACCACCACCUCCUCCGUGCAUAUCAUCAACCGCUCCUACAAGAAAAACACGUUUCGCGUCACCGGCAUCCCUGUGGAGUACUGCGACGUGCUGGACUUCUCCUACAAGCUGCCCGGCUACCUGGCGCCCGGCGUCUCCUCCGAGGUGGUCAUCUCCUUCACGCCCAAGGCCCACGUCGACAUCGACUCCUGCCUGCAGUGCCUGGCGGACACCGGGCCCUUCGUCGUGCCCAUCCGCUGCCGGGCCAAGCGCGCCUCGCUGUCCGUGUCGCCCGCCACCGUGGAUUUCGGGGCGGGGGUGACGCUGGGGGAGAGCGCCAGCAGGACGUUUGUGAUCAGCAAUGAUGGGGCGCUGGAGGUGGAGUACCGGCUGGACAGUCCCCAGCUCUCCGAGGACGAGCGGGCCGCGCUCAAGUCCUCCGGCACCACCUCCGCCCUCACCUCCGCCACCGUCGCAGCAGCCGCAGCAGCCGCUGUGGGCCGCAGCCGCUCCCUGGGAGACUCCUCUGCCGUUGCUGGUGCUGCUGGUGCUGCAACACCCGGGGGCGGGGGCGGAGGAGGCGGCGGCUCGCUCAUCCUGGACCCCCAUGGCGGCCCCGCGCCCGCUAGCUCCCACUCCAUGACGCCGCGUGAGGAGCGCCGACUCACGCACGGCGGCUUCACGGUGUACCCCUGCGUGGGGGUGAUUGGGGGGUACAGCCGGGUGACCUUCACCGUGACGUUCGCGCCGGUGGUGGCGGCGGCGGCGAAGCUGCAGCUGAUUGCGACGUACAAGGCGCCCAGCAUGAAGCGCCUGACGCUGCCGCCGCAUGAGGUGCUGCUGAGCGGGGUGGGGCGCGACGUGCCCGUCUACCUGGAGCGGCCCGUCAUUGACUUCCAGUGCUGCAUGCUGGGGCACCUGUACCGAGAUGUGCUGGUGGUUCGCAACGGCGGCAAGAGCGCGAUGAAGGUGAUGGUGGUGCCGCGACCCGAGCUGGAGGGCUUCUUCGAGUUCGCACCGGACUUUGGGUUCGUGCAGGCGGGCGACUCGUUCCCCAUCACCAUCCGCUUCAAGCCCACUCCCGCACUGCUGGCCGCGUGUCGGCAGCACGUUGUAGAGCCGGCGGAGGAGCAGGUCAUCGAAGUGGCCAUGCGCCUCUCCGUCCCCGACCAGGUCCUCCCAGUGCCCUUCACCCUUCGCGCGCAACUCACCAUCACCGACCUCCUCUUCGACCCGCCCUCCCUGGACUUUGGAGAUUGCGUCAUGUCCGAGCGCACCGCCGUACGACUCAGCAUCCGAAACCCGGGGCGCCUGCCGCAAACGUUUGGCUUCGUGGGCCUCCCAGGCGGCCUACGCAUCAGCCCCAACGAUGGUUUCGGCUACGUGCUCCCCGGGGAGGAGCUGCAGCGUGUGGUGGCCUUCCAGCCGCCCAUUGCGGGGCCGCAGACCUUCAGCAUCACCGCCAAGACGCUUGCGGGCCGCUCCUUCACGCUGCCGUGUCGAGCCAAUGGUGUGCAGCCCAAACUGAGCAUGUCGCAUAACCGGGUUCGCAUGACUGCGACGCCCGUGGGGGACACGCGGACGGUGUCUAUUGCGCUCAUUAACCGCACGGAUACCCCGCAGGCGUACGAGUUCGCGGUACCCCAGGGCAGUGACCUCACCUUCAGUCCGCACGUGGGGGAGGUCCCGCCGCAGUCACGACUGCGGGUGCAGAUCGAUUACAGCCCCAGACCGCCCGAGGAAGGCGAACAGCCGGGAGCGCUGCCGCCGCAGCCGCCCGACAGCAGCGGCGGCGGCGCCGAGGGCGACGGCGGUGAGGCUGACGGUGCGCCGGAUUCACCGCUUGGCUGGCCGGGAUCCCCCACGGGAGCCGGGGAGGGAGGCGAGGAGGAGCCGGCGCCGGUGAAAGGGAGGGGCAAGGCGGCGGGGGCGGGGGCGGCAGGCGGCAGGGGGCCAGGGGCUGCGGCGGCGGCUUCAGCUGCGGCUGCUGCUGCGAAGGCGGCCAAGGCAGGGGAGCGGCGGGGAUCCCCGGGUGCAAGGAGAGGAGGAGGGGCUGGAGGAAGGUCGCCGUCGCCAACGUUGGGGCGCAAGGUUGUGUCCAAGAACUCCCCCAAGAAAUACGACACUGCUGAGGAGGACAGCGAGUACGACAGCGCCGCCGACGGUACGGACGACGCGGGCGGCGACGGCGACGACGACACCGGCACUGUCGCCGACAGCACCUCGGGCUCGGGACCCACGGGUCGGUCCGCAUCCUCUUGGUACCGCUGGCGAGAACACACCAUCACCUGCUUCAUCCGGCCGCAGCCGCCGCAGGCUGCCACACAGGAGCUGCAUCUGCAGCUGUCCACGUGUGCCGUACUUCCGGAUCUCGUACUGCAAACGGAGCUGCCGUACGUCGCCCUGCACCAGUGUCACAGCCUUGAUUUCGGGCCCGUACCGGUGGGGCAACGGGUGCUUCGGACGCUUGAGCUGGCGAAUGAGGGCUCCGAGACCCUUACCCUUGCCGCCGAGCCGCUCGACUGUCGUGAGGUCUUCAGCUGCGUCAACGCGCUGCGACCCGUGCGCCCGGGCGCCACCUUCCGUCUCCUCGUCGCCUUCACGCCACAAGCCCGUACGGAAUACCUCGAAGUCCUUGUCGUACGAUCCGCCCGUACACGCCUCCGCGUCGCCCUCAAAGGCGCCGGCAUUGCCCCUGAACUCCAGCUGGGCCCCGAGGGCGUGACUUCCACAGGCCUAGACCUGGGCGACGUUCCCGUGGGCGAGAGCAGCAGCCGCAGCUUCACGGUCACCAACGUCUGCCCCUUCCCGCUGUCCUUCUCCAUGGUGCUACGAGGCAGCCCCUCCGCUGCCGCACCCAACCUUGCCAUGCGGCCGCCCUUUGCAUGCCAGCCCUCAGAGGGAACACUGGCGCAGGGCGAGAGCUGCGAGGUGUCGGUGUCCUUCAGUCCCGCGUGUCAGCGGCCGUACUUUGAGGAUGCGCUGCAGGUACUGGUGCCCAAUCAGCAAGACCAGCUGCUGGUGCCGCUGCGGGGACGCGGCUGGCAGGAGGGCGUGUUCGUGUCCGGGCCCGCCUAUCCCAACCCCGACCCCGACCCCUUCAUGCUGCACCACCUAGCUGCCACGGCGCGGGUGCAGCUCCCGCCGUCGGUUGCAGGCGGGGCGAAUGGAGCGGCCGCAGCGGCUGCUGCAGCCGCGGCGGCAGCGGCAGCCACCGCAGCUGCCAGUGGCGGCGCCAAGCAGUCCAAGCCAGCUACGCCGGGGACACCGGGCGGUAAGAGCAAGGCCGCUGCUGCGGCGGCAGCCGCCGCCGCUGCCGCAGCAGCCGCUGCAACCACGGCUGAGGCUCGCGUGCUGACGCUGACGUUCCCUCACGCUGUCUACGCGGGAGAGGUUGCAAAGGCCUCUUUUGAGGUCGGCAGCCUCAGAAGUGCUGUGCUAGGUACGGCACCGGGUGAGGUGAUAUUGCAGGAGCUGCCGUCGGAGGCGCGGGAGGCGGGCUGGGCGGUAGCGGACCCGCCGGCCCCACCCGGCGGCGGCGCCGUCAAGAUCGCGCUGGCGGCGGGCGAGGUCAAGACCAUUACGCUGUCGUACACGCCACCCCGCAAGCCGCACCCCGGCAUGGUUGCGGCUUACGGACACCAGGAGUACCGUACGUUGCGGUUGUUGUGCACCUUGCGCGGCGGGCUGCCGUCCCUUGCUGGCGGGCCUGAGGGCAGGACGGUGGCGGUGGUGGCGCGGUGUCGGCUUGUGCCAGGGACACGGCCGCACGGUGAGCCGCUGCCGCCGUCGGUGACGGAGGUGCUCACGGCGCCAUCUCCGGCGCCGUCAGGUGGGCAGGGGCCCCCUGGGACGCCCGGCUCGGGGGCACGCAGAGGCACGCCGCCAUCACCGUCGCAAGCUGCAGCGAAGAAAGGUUGAGAUGGGAGGUGGGAGGCGGUGCUGCAAGGGAGGUGUUGACGGUUUACAAUUGGCGAGAGGGUUCUGGCAUGUACUGUUAAGAGACUAGGGAGGCUGCGACACCUGCAUUGCAUGUGAAUUGGUCCGGGCGACCCAGAAAGGCAUGCACGAUCCGGCGUAACAGCGGUUGUGCUAUAUGUUGGUGACCUUAUGGCGUGCUAGUGAUGGGGGCGAUGAUGGCCCAGAUGAGCAAUGAACGUGAAGGGCUGUUUUGAGGCCUUGCGUUGUUGGUGUUGGUAAGCAGGAUGUGGGAGGUCGCCAUAGUCCUGAGGAAGGCGCCUUUAACGUGUGACAGGUUUUGCGAAAUUUGCUUUCGCCCAAAGCGAGUUUCCUUGCAAGCUUUAGGACAUGUACCAAAGCUUGCGACUUGGAUGCCUGUGGUGCUGAACGUAAACAGGCCAACGGUUGACUGACCAAGGUGACGCUCGCUUGUGCGUGCAUUUGCUCUGCUGAGCCUUAUCCAAGAGGUUCCUGUUAUGGGCCGUGCUGCGCAGUGUAACGGCGCAUGGAAGGUGG